AAUCGAAAAGUAUGCUGUGAAGUCGAAACUGAUCACAUCAGCAUGUGUAACUCACUCUCGGGGUAGUGCACAUCAAUAUGAGGCCUUUCAUGGGGGUGUCAGGGUUUCAGCUACUGGACACUCAAACACACCCUGUAGCUGCCUGGGAGGGACAGAAGCAGAGAAAUAUCACCAUCACCGCCACUACCCUGCACCCGGAAAGCCCUUCUCACAUGAUUGUGCCCUGAAUAAAAGAUGUCCAGAGGCUCUUGGGAACUGGUGGAGAAAGUGCCCUUUCUGCCACGGUCUCUCUGGUUUCCUGAAGGGGGAGAAGAGAGCUGACAUCCAACUGAACAGCUUCGGAUUCUACACCAACGGGUCUCUAGAAGUGGAACUGAGCCUGCUUCGCCUGGGCCUCCAGGAGACAGAAGAGAAGUCAUCAAAGGUGGGGUUCAGCCUGAGUCGGGUUCGAUCUGGUAGCGUUCACUCCUACUCGAGCCGGAACUUGCACGGAUGUCCUCUGGAGAGAAACAGCAGCAACUUCCUGGUCCUUUUCCUCAUUAAUAUCCAGGACCUAAAGGUCAAAGUCCUAAAAUUUGGAGAGCAGAAGAAGUUGCUCAUUUCCCCCGGUCUCCUCUCUGACACCCCUGCCCAGUCAAGUCUCCUGAAGUCAGAGCCAGUGGACACCCCUAAGGGGAGCAGUGAGACCUCUGCAGUCAAGGAAGAUCAGGCAGAGCCUGGAGCACCCCAUGUUUCAGGAGAGAAAACUACCCCAGGGGUGCAUGGACACUCAACAGAGGGCCAGCCACGGAGGCAUCCGCCCACGCAGGACCCCGGUGGGAAGGAGACUGAGCUGGUGUUGGGGCUGGGCCACCUGAAUGACUCCUACAACUUCAGCUUCCACGUGGUGAUCGGCUCCAGGGCUGAGGAAGGCCAGUACAGCCUCAACUUCCAUAACUGUCACAACUCCGUUCCUGGCAAGGAGCACCCAUUCGACCUCACCGUGAUGAUCCGAGAGAAGAAUCCGGAAGGCUUCCUGUCAGCGGCAGAAAUGCCCCUCUUCAAGCUCUACCUGACGAUGUCUGCCUGCUUCCUGGCUGCUGGCAUCUUCUGGGUGUCCGUACUCUGCAAGAAUACAUACAAUGUCUUUAAGAUCCACUGGCUCAUGGCAGCCCUGGCGUUCACCAAGAGUGUCUCCCUGCUUUUCCACAGCAUCAACUACUAUUUCAUCAACAGCCAAGGCCACCCCAUCGAAGGCCUCGCCGUCAUGCACUAUAUCACGCACCUGUUGAAAGGUGCCCUUCUUUUCAUCACUAUUGCCUUGAUCGGCUCAGGCUGGGCCUUUGUGAAGUAUAUGCUGUCCGACAAGGAGAAGAAGAUUUUUGGAAUUGUGAUCCCCCUGCAGGUCCUGGCUAAUGUUGCAUACAUUGUCAUCGAGUCCCGUGAGGAGGGUGCCAGUGACUAUGGACUCUGGAAGGAGAUCUUGUUCCUGGUGGAUCUCAUCUGCUGCGGUGCCAUCCUCUUCCCAGUCGUGUGGUCCAUCCGGCAUCUGCAGGACGCAUCUGGCACUGAUGGGAAGGUGGCAGUGAACCUGGCCAAGCUGAAGCUAUUCCGACAUUACUACGUCAUGGUCAUCUGCUAUAUCUACUUCACCCGCAUCAUCGCCAUCCUGCUGCGUGUGGCUGUGCCCUUCCAGUGGCAGUGGCUGUACCAGCUCUUGGUGGAGAGUUCCACACUGGCCUUCUUCGUGCUUACCGGCUACAAGUUCCAGCCAGCUGGGGACAACCCUUACUUGCAGCUGCCUCAAGAGGAUGAGGAAGAUGUCCAGAUGGAGCAAGAUGACGGACUCUGGAUUUCGGGAAGGCCUGUCCAAAGUCAACAAGACAGCCAGUGGCCGGGAGCUGUUGUGACUUCCUUUCAUCCAGCUGCCACCCUCAGUCCUUCUGUACCCUGCACACCUACUCUUGUCCCCUAGUGUGCAGGAAGCCCUAGGGGCUCAUGCCAACAAGGCACACAAGAUGCGGGUCCCCAAGGAGCCUUCCAAAAGAAGAUGCCCCUCCCCCACACUGCAUCCCUGUCCUCUUCAGCCUUUCAGUACAAUAAGGACCCGUCUUCUUCUUCUUUUUUUUUUUUUUU